CAGCUUGCAGGGGUAAAAGUGAAGUACGGCAGUGCCGAAUAUUUCAUUAGAUCAGCACUGGUUGUUUCAACGGCUCCGAUUGUGAAAACUUUCAAUGAGCUCAUACCGCGACCUGUAGCCGAAAAAUCCGCAAUGUUUGAAGUGGUAAAUCGAUUAUAUUCGCUGGAAGCAGUGCCAAUUGGUGGGUUCCAGGCAUAUAUUGGUUUGACCGGUUCGCAAUGCGACUUAAACUUGCCAUCCAGCAAUUAUUUUUGGCUCAAAAACAAUAAUCCAUAUGAAGUUGAUUAUUAUUUAAGUUUAUCACUCCCCAAGGCAUUGGAAUAUGGUUCUCCUCCAAUUAUCUUCAUUACUUUUCCAUCUGCCAAAGAUCCAACAUGGGAUGACCGGCAUCCUGGUAAGUUUUCUUCGCAAGUGAUCAGACUUUCCUCAGGUACUAAUCACUGCGAAAGUUGA